GCUUCUUGCUAUGCAGCACUGAAAAGGGAAUCCACCUUGGGAUCUCAUCUCCUGUCGCCUGUGGUCUUCCUUUAUUUUCAGGAAUGGAGAAGGUGGUCGCCUGUUUGUACAAGAGGCCCAACGCGCUUUGCCGGCUCAUUUGCUUUCCCUGGGCUGGAGGUGGAGCGGCUCAGCUUGCUCAAUGGGGCAGGCUCUUCAGCAGCUCCAUAGAAGUGUACUCUGUAAGGCUUCCUGGAAGAGAAACUCGUUUUAAGGAGCCUUUUGCAAAAGACAUGACGACUGUUGUUAAUGAAAUUGCAAGUGUUUUGUUAGAAGAUCUGCAAGAAAAACCAUUUGCAUUUUUUGGUCACAGCUUUGGAUCAUACAUCAGUUUUGCAGUUGCACUACACCUGAAAGAAAAAUACGGACUAGAGCCAGUCCACCUCUUUAUAUCAGGAGCACAUGCCCCCCAUUCUGAAAGCUUUCUUCUCAUCAAAAGAAUACAUGAUAUGGAGGAUGAAGACAUUGUUGCACAGCUAAAACUUUUAGGAGGAACUCCUUCUGAGCUGCUGCAAAAUGAAGACAUCAGGAAACAUCUCAUUCUUACCUUGAGGGAAGAUUUUAGAGUCCUUCAAACAUUUUCUUUUGAGAAGGCAGACAGGAAUAUUCCCCUCUCCUGUGACAUUACCUGCUUUGAUGGGUCUGAAGAUAUGGAACAUGAUUUAGAAGCCUGGGAUGAUAUAACAACUGGAGAUAUUUCCAUUUACAAGCUUCCUGGAGGUCACUUUUAUCUGCUGGAACCUGCUAAUGAAAUAUUUUUGAUGAAACACAUAACAAGAUGUAUAGAAAAUGCUGAUCURUGAGCAUUUCUCUCUAUUUUUAUGACAGAUGGUAUAAUA